AUGUGGGAUAUGCAAGAUGCCCAGGUUGUGUGCAGGCAGCUUGGCUGCGGCUCGCCUCUUGGUGUGAUGCACUAUUUCCCUUCGAGCGACUGGUACCCGUACAUGAUGACAGAGGUGGAUUGUGUGGGCUAUGAAUACUCUUUGUGGUAUUGCCCUUACAACGAAAUGCACUCUGGCUGUUAUCACGGGGAUGCUUCUGUAAUAUGCUCAGAGGCUGGCUCCUGUGGUGGCUUGCUUCAGGGUUUGUCCGGCUCAGUCCAGAGCCCGGGCUACCCCAACUCCUACCCCAACAGUGCCUACUGCGUGUGGCGCAUACAGCUGUGGCAGCCGGAUCGCAGAGUCGAGCUCCAGUUUUCAGAUGUUGAGCUGGAAGGCAACAACUGCUGGUACGACACCAUCGAGGUGUACGACGGCGGGUCCCCCCAGGCCCCGCUCCUCGGGACUGUUUGCUGGAAUGACCAUCACAUCUUCAGGUCAUCCAGGCACCAGCUGACCAUCCUGUUUCGCAGUGACAGCAGUGUCACCCAGAGGGGUUUCCAGGCCUACUACUACUCGAUUUCCACUUUCAGCAGCACCACAGGGUUGCCUUUGGGGAGGGGUGACUCCCAGCGGGCUCUUCAUCUUAAGUACAGUGCUGCUCCCUCACCUGCUGCUCUCUCCCUGCAGCGCCAGCCUGUCGAGGUUCCUCUGGAUGUCAGCAGGACUCUCUGGCGGAUCAGCCACUCCUCCCAGUUUGGUGUCAUCAGCAAACUUGCCGAGGGUCCACCCUGUCCCAUCAUCCUGAUGAUUAACAAAGAUGUUCCUCCAUUGGCAUGCGAGGUCCUGCUGAUGGGAGCUAUUGUACACGUAGAAAUGUAUAUGUAUAUUUUUCUUCUCAUAUUUUUCUCUGCAGAGGAUUAUUCUUGUGGCGGCUUGCUUUCCUCUCCAUCUGGGACAUUACAGAGUCCAUUUUACCCCAGAAAUUAUCCAAACAAUGCCAACUGUGUUUGGGAAAUAGAAGCAAAGAAUAACUUUCGUGUCACACUCACGUUUAGAGAUGUUCAGAUGGAAGGUGGCAGAUGCCUGUCUGACUAUGUGGAAGUCUAUGAUGGGCCACUCCGUACCUCUCCUCUCCUUGGGAAAUUUUGUUCUGGUUAUUUUCGCACAUACACAUCUUCCUCAAACCUGCUGACUGUCCGAUUUUACAGUAACUCUCGAUACACAUACAGAGGGUUUCAGGCUGACUAUUAUUCCACUCCAGCAGAUCAGAGCACUACACUGUUGUGUUUGCCAGACUACAUGCGUGCAGUUGUGAGCAGGUACUACCUCCAGUCACAAGGCUACUCCGCCUGGAAGCUCUCCUUGAAUGACCCCUAUUGCAAACCCAACAUUACAUCAGACUACGUUAUAUUUGAUAUACCAUACACUCGCUGCGGCACGGUGAGAGAGGGAAACAACAAUACAAUAAUCUAUUCCAACCUUAUUAGAGGAUCGUCUUCUGGUACUGUAAUCACAAGAAAUAAAAACCUUUACUUGCAUAUCAACUGCAAAAUGCUCCAGAACACAUGGGCAGAAAUAAUGUAUGUUGCAGAGGACAAUUUUGACGUCAAUGAAACUCAGUAUAGCAGAUAUGAUGUAAACCUUACACUUUAUCAUUCUGCAUCCUUCUCACGGCCAGUGAAUGAGUUGCCAUACUGCGUUGAUAUCAACCAGAAUUUGUUCCUUGAAGCUUACCUGCACAGCUCUGAUUCAAACCUCAUGUUGUUUGUGGACACAUGUGUGGCAUCUCCCACUCCCCACAAUUUUACGACGGUAACCUAUGAUAUAAUCAGGAACGGGUGUGUUCAAGAUUCCACCUAUUCUACAUAUUAUUCACCCUACAGACACAUAGUCCGGUUUAAAUUCAAUGCCUUCCAGUUUAUUCAUAACAAUCCAUUGGUUUACCUGCAGUGUGAACUAGUGGUGUGCAGGGCCUAUGACUAUUCUUCCAGAUGCUACCAAGGUUGUAUUACUAGGUCCAAGAGAGAGGCGAGCUCUGGCCAAGAAAGUGUGACUGUUGUUGCUGGGCCAAUACAGCUUAAGCAAGAUGGUGCUGAGAAUAGGAAUGCAUGUGGUUUUAAAUAA